AGUACUUUCUUCCAAAAGCAUAAACAAAAACACAGCCUCCAUGUGGUCACACAAAACCUCACGAUCGCCAUGUAAUGAUUGCCCGAGUUCAGUGGUUUGUUUAAACAUGGAGUACACUCACUUCAGUAAUGAAAGGUGUGUGUGUACAACAAACAACUGCAGCGAGUGCCCAUACGGUUGUCGAGGCAACUGCAGCGUGUGUGUGUGCGUAGCCUUUACAGCAGUACUGUAUUUAAGAGUGCUUAGCCAGGAAAUAGGCACGCAUCGUUUUUAGGGUAAGUUGGUCCUUGCACCAUCUGUAGUUUCUGUCGUAAUUUCAGCAGCACGGUAACACUGCAAAGGAUUGUACUCUCAAUCUCAAUCUAAUCACUCUCCAUGGAACGCGGCUCCAUCCCGUAAAACCUGUAUUACAGGUACGACGCUGGUCACAAGAUCCACACCUGUCGCACUCGUGAGCCGCUUCGAGUCGAUCUCUUAGGUUUAUUUCAAGUCCUGUAAGCCAAACGACAAAUACCAAGACGUACACGGUCCCUGUGUCAGCUCAGUUCAGCCACAGCUCUCACUUCAGUGUCUGACAGCAUGUCCAAACCCCUCCCCAGGGUGGUCCCCCCAGCGGGACAGACGUACCCGGUACCCAAACCUCGCAAGCGCACCCAGAGUACCCUCUCAGAGCAGAGCACAGCCCCCCCUGUCCCGCAGCCCAGGAGGAAAUCACUUUGCAGCAUUUUAGAAUCUGAAAUGCCGCAGAUACAAAUAGUGUCCAGCAAAGAGGGAGUCAACUCCAAACCCAGUUCUCCUGUAUCCAACGAAAUUGAGCCCCAGCCAAACACUGAUGGCUCCAACGAACCCGAACAGAAAACUAAUGUUCCCAAAAUUCAGCACAAGCCCAGCACAGAUCCUUCUACAGAAUCUCAGGUGAAACCCGGUGCUGAUCUGUCCAAUGGUUCCGAUCACAAACCUAGUGCUGAUCUGUCCAAUGGUUCCGAUCACAAACCUAGUGCUGAUCUGUCCAAUGGUUCCAAUCACAAACCCGCUGCUGAUCUGUCCAGUGGUUCUGAUCACAAAUCAAGCGCUAAUCUGUCUACUGAAGCUGAUGUUAAUGAAUGUGAUCACAAACCCAGCAAUGAGCUUUCUACAGACUCUCAAGUGAAACCCAACGCUGAUCUUUCUAAUGGUUCUGACAAACCCAGCAAUGAUCUUGCUGAUGAUUCUAAUGACAGACCCAUUCAGGAUCUUGAUACUGAAUCUGAUGACAAAUGCAGUGGCAGUCUAACUCCAGAAUCUCGAGUGAAACCCAAAGCUGAUCCUUCUCAUGGUUCUGUCAAACAUAGCUUUGCUCUUCCAGAUGAUUCUGAUGACAAACCCAGCUCUGAUGCUGAUGACUCUAAAUGCAACCCAACUGCAGAUCCUUCUACAGAACCUCAGCCCAGAACCAGCAAUUAUUCUUCUCGUGAAUCAGAAACUCCCAGCGCUGGCUCUGAAGCAUCUCAACAGCAGCCCAGCUCUGACUGUGAUGAAUCGCAACGCAGUCCCAGUGCUGAUCUUUCUAACGCUCCUGAUCACAAACCCGCUCCGGAUCUUUCUACAGAAUCUCCACACAAACUCAGCUCUGAUUUGUCCCCGGAUAGUCAAAGCAAAAUGAGUUCUGAUGGAAUCGCUGAGACUCAAGAGAACCCCUUGAUUUCUGAAACUGAUCUUCAAAGCAAUCACCAGGGGGACAGGCUGGGUGUGACAGAGGAGUCUGGAGAAGGUGGUGUGAGGCGCUCCAUGUGCUCUGCUUCCCAGGAGGGGACAACAGAGUCGGGACAGCCCAAGACCCGGGACAGUCGAAUCUCUCAGCCCGGGUCCUGCGCACGACACACUGCCAGCAUGCGUGUGAGCCGUCGGAAGCAGCGCUUUGCUGACUGCCAGAUGACUGUCGUCGACCAACCCAGGGAGCAGAUGCCACGAGGAGGCAGUGUGGCCUGUAGGUCCGGCUGGCUGGAGGUGUGGCAGGCAAGAAGGCACAAGAUGAUGUGGGUCGAGUUCAAUGGAAAGACGCUGUCCAUGUUCAAGAAACGCACAGACAAGUUUACAGAGACAGUCUUUCCUGUGUCCUGCAUUACUAAUGUCUGGCCAGGAGAGGGGUGCAAGUUCCUUGUGUCCACACUCAAGAAGCAGUAUGAGUUUUUGACAGCCAGUGAGGGAAUUCGUGACGGGUGGGUGAGGUCUCUGGGAACCCCUCAGAAGGAGGAGACCCCAGAGCAGAUAGAGCGGCACGGCCCCCUGGGUCUGAGAGAGCUCCGAACCAAGGUGUACGCAGUGCUGAAGGGGCUCAGGCUGUGGGUCUACCGCAACAAGGAGGAUUUCAGAGAAGGCGUUGCAAUGACAGCGAUCAACAUGAACGUGUCCCAGGCGAAGCAGACAGGCAGACACAGCUUCGACCUCACCACUCCCUACAAGAUAUUCAGUUUCACUGCAGAUUCUUCUUGGGAGCUGGUUGCCUGGCUGGGCUCACUGUCCCAGGCUGUGAAGAGUGCCCUGUCCUGCAGUGAGGUGGCGGAGCGCGUUUGGGGGAGCACAUGGAAUCGAAACUGUGCCGAUUGUUGGAGUCCUGACCCAGAGUGGGCUUCUGUGAACCUGCUCGUCGUCAUCUGUGACAACUGUGCAGGUCAGCACCGUGCCAUGGGGACCGCUGUCUCCAAGGUACGCAGUCUGAAGAUGGACAAGAGCGUGUGGACAGAGCCACUCAUUCAGCUGUUCAUUCUGUUCGGGAACAAGUCAGCCAAUGAGCUUUGGGGGGAUCAGGUGCCGCCCGCUGAACAGAUCUGCCCAGAAUCCUCUGCGGAGCAGCGCCGGGCGUUCAUCUGGGCCAAAUACAAGCAGGGCCGCUACCGGCAAUUGCACCCUCUGUACAGGAGCCAGGAGCAGCUGCACCAGCGUCUGUGUGAGGUGGGGAUGACUGCCGAUGUGUCGGAGACACUGGCCCUGCUGUGUUCCGGGGCGCGGGUGAGCAUUCACCCAGGGGAGCCCUCCCAGCCAUCCCCCAUCUCCCUGGCAGAGCAGGCAGGGCAGGCCAUGCAGGCCGAGCUGCUGCGCCAGAACCAGUUCACAGAGGCCCCUUUCCAAGACGUUGGGCUUGACCCUUCCCCUCCAGAGAACCGUUCUGUACAAGACACUGAGGAGUUCCAGGGCAAACUGGACAAAGACAAGCUUGUGUUCUCGGAGGAGGUCGACUCUGCCCCCUGCGAGGUUCUCAAUCUGAGGGACGUCACCUCGCUCUGUGACUGCUCCACAGGGCAAAGACAUGAGUUUGAGAUGCAGAUUCUGAAAGAGAGGCUGCAGUGCUCAGCAGAUGACCAGGAGACCCUGAGAACUCACCUGCGACACAUCGCCAAGGUGUUGCUGCCAUGGCCAGUGCCAGACUCGGAGCUGGCGGGGGUGCGCUGUCUCUCCCGGGUGACCGCGAGGGACGGGAAGUGGCCGGAGCACAGAGACGCCUGGGCGGCACUCCGUGGGACCGAACUGCUGCUUUACCUCACAGGAGGGCGCCAGAGAGACCGGCUGAGGCUGGCUCUGUCACAGAACUGCACCUACAUUGCGACUGAGAACAUGAUUGAAAUCAUCUCACCAGAGAGGACCCUGUCCUUGCGGUUUAAGCACAGCUGGCCCUGUGAGAAGUGGGGUGUCCUGCUGAAGGAGGCUCUUCAACCUUCCCCGUCCAGCCCCUCCUUCGUGGGGGGCUCCCCGUACCCCAGCCCGGGCCGAGGCUCCACAAGAGUGCCAGACCCCAUCGAGAGGUGCAUCUCCCACAUCACACAGCACGGUCUAACCGUGGAGGGUAUUUACCGGCGCUGCGGCCACGUGGGGAAGAUCUCUCGGCUGGUGGAGGGGCUCCACAGCACCCCCUGCAGGGCGCAGUUUGAGAAGGGGGAGCUGGGGGUAGUGGAUGUGUCAGGAGCUCUGAAGCAAUGCCUCAGGCUGCACAGGGCACUCUUUCCAGAGCCACACCUCAGCCACUGGCUCCAAUCUGCAGCUAUCCCUGAGCAGGCAGAGAGGCUGCACGGGUAUCGGGAGGUAUUGGAGCAGCUGUCUGACGAGCAGAGAGACAUUCUGAGCAGGCUGUUCGGACACCUCUACCAGGUGCAGGCGCACAGCCAGGUGAACCGCAUGACCCCUCAGAACCUGGCCCUAGUGUUCGUGCCCACACUGUUCCCAGACCAGGCCCUGAGCACCGACGCAGUGAAGCUGACCAGAGAGCUCAUCACACACUACACAGUGCUGUUCCACGGAGGUGAGGAGGAGGAGGAGGGUGCUGCUGGGGGCUUGUUGACGAUUCUCUGAUGAAGGAUCUCCGCUCAGUUUCAGGGUCUCCUCAUUCCUACCUGCAGUGUCUGUGACUCUGACUGCCUUUCUGAAUUCUAUUCAAAGUUAAAGCUUGCUUGUUUGCUGGAGCAGCUUGUGAUGGUUCUCAUUCUCAUUACAGAGUCCCUGGAGUCUCAAGAGAAUUGCUUCCUAUAUAUUCUGCAGAAGAUGUGAAUAUUAAUAAUAAAUAAGACAUGUGUUGAUA